AUGACUAAUCCAACCACAUCUGAUCCAAUUGGUCCAGGACAUAUCAUGGUUCCUAAUGACUCUCCCGAGACUUCCGAAGAUAGAACUGCUAUUCAACAUGAUGAACACAUCGCUCGUUUGACUCAAGAGAUUGAGGAUUUACGUAGUGAACUAACUCGGGUUAGGGACUUGACCAAUUUAUCCAUCACACUCCAAAGUCCACUUCAUGAACCUAGAAGUACUGCACCAAAUCCACCUCGUUUUUCAUCACUUGAUUCACCAGUUCCUGAACACUUUCCUCCACAACAACCUCCGCCUACCAACAAUAACCUUCCUUCAACUACCCCCAUAAAUCCAUCAAAUUUUCCACCCGUCUACACUCCUCCACAGAGUCAACCACCUACUUACAAUACCUAUGCUACUCCUCCUAAUCCAUCACUUGUCAACCCACAAAACCAACCUCCAACCCAUACUCCUCAUAUUUCUCUACCCACCAACAUUUAUCCACUACCUACAACUAAUCAUGUAAACCCAUCAAAUAUACCACCUCCAAUCCAAAAUACGCCCAUUGUCCAAACUUAUACAACUCAGCAUAUACAAGGGGCACAUAUUGCCACUCCUUAUGUGCAACAUGUUCCUCCAGUAUAUGCGAUGGAAACUCAAGCCUUUACCAACCCAAUACCGGUCAAGUUUCAACCCGAGGUAGAUCAAUAUGAGGAAAUGGAGAAAGAUGUCAAGGCAAAGGCUGAUGAUGUGUUAGCUAGAGAGAUUCGUGAUCUUAAGGAAGCAAUGAGAAACCUCCAAACUACUAGGGGAAACAAAAGCCUAGAAUAUGAGGAUCUCUGUGUGCAACCUGAUAUUGAUUUGCCUGUAGGGUACAAAAUGCCAAAGUUUGAUACUUUCAAUGGAAUUGGUGAUCCUCAUACACAUCUAAGGGCGUAUUGUGAUAAACUGGUAGGAGUGGGGAGAGACAAGAGGGUCAGAAUGAAGUUGUUCAUAAGAAUUUUAUCUGGUGAAGCUCUUGCUUGGUACACACAACAAGAUCUCCAUAAAUGGCGCGGUUGGAGUGAUAUGGCACAAGACUUUAUGGAUCGAUUCAAGUUCAAUACCGACAUCAUACCAGAUAGGUUCUACCUCACUAAGUUAAAGAAGAAGUCUACUGAGACAUUUCGUGAGUAUGCUCUACGUUGGAGGUCAGAAGCAGCUAGAGUCCAACCACCGAUGAGUGAGAGUGAAAUGACUGCUACCUUUAUUGAAUCCCAAGAUAGCAGUUUUUACUAUGAGAAACUGAUAACCAUGAUGGGACAAAAGUUCACAGAAAUCAUUAGAAUGGGAGAAAUCUUGGAAGAAGGGAUCAAAUCAGGAAGAAUCCAAGACUUUACAACCUUGCAUGCUGCAAGCAAAGCAAUUCAAUAUGGUUCUAUCAAUGGGAACAAAAAGAAGAAAGAAGAUGUAUCUGCUGUCAUGAUUGGCCAAGGACGCAUGCCAGGUCAAGUUUCUCCCUACCUAAAUCAACCACAUCAACCCAUUUACCCUUACCAAUAUGGUGAAGCCUCACAGGCUCUCUACCAUCCUCCAUCAGCUCCUUACCAUGUCUACAACACCCAAGCGAACUACUAUCAACCUCGAGCUCCUACUUAUAAUAAACCACAUUCAUACCAACCACUCCAAGCUUCACCUUUUCAAAAUCGACCAUAUACCGCAUCUAGAGCUCGUCCAAAUCAUGAAAUCAAAACCACUCGCAACUACACAAAAAUAGCCAAACCAUUGGCUCAGUUGUUCGAGAGGUUGAAGACAGCAGGUAUGAUACAACCGAUUAAAGGGAAAAUUCCUGAUCCUAUUCCAAAAUGGUUUGACGGUUCCAAGCGUUGUGCCUAUCAUUCUGGAGUUGUUGGACACGACACCGAGGAUUGCUAUGGUCUCAAAAACAAGAUUGAAGCUUUGAUUAAAGAAGGAGCAAUCCAACUUACUGGACCUCAGCCCAACGUGAACAACAACCCUCUGCCUAAACAUGGAAAUGCUGAUGUGAACAUGAUAACCAUAGAGGAAAAUGUGGUGCUGAACGGAGGUAUUGUGCCCAUUGGAAGGGUGAAAAAUAAUACUUUAUCGGCCUUUGAUGCUCAUAUCAUGACAACCCAUGAACAAGCGUUGAUAGAGGUUACUGUUGCAACAUCUUACAUGUCUCUCUACAACAGCGAGACACCGACCAUUUGGGGUGCUGAACCAGAGGAGACUUUGAAGAAUUGGACUUGUACUCCAUCUCUGGUUCGCCGGGAGUCUUGGUAG